UCCGGUUCCGGCCUGUGGAGGCUGAGGCGCGCGAGUGAGGCCGGAGCGUUUCCCCAGGCCGGCCAUGCUGCCCCUGGUGCUGCUGCUGCCCCUGGCCCUGGGCGGGACCCCCGAGGUGACGGUGCCGCGACCCCGGGGGGUGGCCCUGAGCCAGCUGCCGUUCUACGACCCCUCGGGGCCGUUCCGCUGCCUGGACGGCUCCGGCUCCAUCGCCUUCAGCUGGGUCAACGACGACUACUGCGACUGCAGGGACGGCUCUGACGAGCCUGGGACCCCGGCGUGCCCCAACGGGCGCUUCCACUGCGCCAACGCCGGGCACCGGCCCCGCGGCAUCCCCGCGGCACACGUCAAUGACGGCGUCUGCGAUUGCUGCGAUGGCACCGACGAGUGGGGGAGCGGGGCCGGCUGUGAGAACACCUGCAGGGAGCAGGGCCGCCGGGAGCGCGAGGCGCGGCUCCGCUCGGCCGCCCUGGCCCGGGAAGGUUUCGCGCUCCGGCAGCGCCUGGUGCAGGAGGCGGCCGAGGGAAAACGGCAAAAACAGGCCCGGCUGCAGGCGCUGCAGGAGUCGCGGCGGCAGCUGGAGCAGCGCGUGGCGGCGCUGCGCGCGGCCAAGGACGCGGCCGAGGGCCCCGAGCAGGCGGCCAGGGGGGAAGCACCGCAGGAAAUGGGGGGAGCAGAGAGCAGCAGCAGCAGCCGCUCAGGACGAGGCCAAAGCGGCCCGAAACCUUCACGGAGCUCGACGGGGGGACGGGGACGGACG